AUGCUAGAUCGCGCCACCAUGGCGACCGCCACUGACACCAUGUUAACUACCGUAACAACUCACCACAACCAAUUUCCAAAUUUCAGAAGCGUGUUUGGACGAUUGAGCUCAGAUUACAUCAUUUGCAUGGCUGAGGACGAAAUUGGAAUUUACGCAAUAAAGUAUGCCAUGAGAGCACUUAGAAACCAUCAUCUUGAGGAGGAGGGAGCUUAUUCCCUUCUCAAAACUUAUUGCUUCUCAGCAACUAACUCCCAUGAUCAUCCUUAUUUCAGACCCACCUUGAAUUUUGUACACAUCAGAGUUGACAUACUAGAGCCAUCUUUUUGCCAAUAUCCCUCCGUAAAGAAAAAGUCCUAG